AUAUGACUGUGUUGUUGCUGCAUGAUGGCGGAGAGCAGGCUGCUGCUGUGCGCGCUCACGCUGCUGCUCACAGCGGCUUCCACGGCGCGCGCUUUACCUGUGCACACAGCCCGACACACAUCGGAUCAGUGCGGCUACCAGUCAUGUCCAGCCACAAAGCCAUCUAUGCUUAAUGUCCAUCUGGUUCCCCACACACAUGAUGACGUUGGCUGGCUGAAGACUGUGGACCAGUACUACUAUGGAGGCCGUAAUUAUAUCCAGCAUGCGGGUGUGCAGUACAUCCUGGACUCUGUGGUGUCGGAGCUGCAGAAGGAUCCGGCCCGCAGGUUCAUCUACGUGGAGACAGCGUUUUUCCACCGCUGGUGGAGUGAGCAGAGCGCCAAAACACGCAACAUCGUCACUCAGCUCGUACAGGAGGGUCGUUUGGAGUUCGUAAAUGGAGGGUGGUGUAUGAGUGAUGAAGCCUCCACACACUACAGUGCAGUUAUUGAUCAGAUGACGCUCGGUCUGCGUUUUUUGAACGAUACGUUUGGUGAAUGCGGUCGGCCGCGGGUCGCCUGGCACAUUGACCCGUUUGGACAUGCCCGAGAGCAUGCCUCCAUAUUCGCCCAGAUGGGUUAUGAUGGGUUCUUUUUUGGUCGAUUGGACUAUCAGGAUAAAGGCAGAAGGAUGAAGAUGAAGGAGAUGGAGAUGGUGUGGAGAGCUAGUGAAAGUCUGAAGCCCCCCACUGCUGACCUUUUCACUGGUGUUUUGCCUAAUGGAUAUAACCCACCCGCGGGAUUCUGCUGGGACCAGUCCUGCUCGGAUGACCCGGUCCAGGAUGACCCAGAGCUGGAGGACUAUAACGUGGAUGAUUUGGUCAACAAGUUCAUAAGCAUCUCAAAAGCUCAGGCUGACGUCUAUAAGACCAACCACAUCAUCAUGACGAUGGGUUCUGAUUUUCAGUAUGAGAAUGCUAUUCCUUGGUAUAAGAACAUGGACAAGCUGAUCCACUAUGUUAACGCUCGUCAGAAGAACGGCAGCGCGGUCAACGUGCUGUACUCCACACCCUCCUGCUACCUGCAGGAGCUCAACCUAGCCAAGCAAAUCUGGCCUAUAAAAACAGAUGAUUUCUUCCCGUAUGCUGAUGAUGCUCAUGAUUUCUGGACUGGUUACUUUACCAGUCGUCCAGCUCUGAAACGCUACGAAAGACUGAGUAACAGCUUACUGCAGACCUGCAAUCAGCUGGAGGUUCUGGGUGGAUCUCAGUCCAGGGACGGCCCCUUUGGGAAAGGAGACAGUGAAACCAUGAGACGGGCGAUGGCCGUAGCACAACACCACGAUGCAGUCUCAGGAACAGAGAAGCAGCACGUUGCCAACGACUACGCCAAACGGCUGGGGAUUGGCUGGGAUCACUGCCAGGUGUUGGUCAGUAACUCUCUGGCUGCUCUAAGUGGGUCUAAUGUUCCGCGUGUUUUCUGUGAGAAUCUCAACAUCAGCGUGUGUCCUCUCACCGAAGGCAGCAAAAGGUUCUCUAUGAAUGUUUAUAAUCCUCUGGCUCGUCCAAUAAGCUGGUCAGUUCACCUGCCUGUCAAUGGCUCAUCCUACAGUGUCCAAGACUCCAAUGGGAUGGCAGUGAACAGUCAGGUCAUCCCUGUCUCUAAGGCCACUCAGAACCUGCGGAGGGGGCGGGGUUAUGCUAAGAAUGAGCUGGUGUUCCAGGUGCAGGCUCCACCCCUCGGUUUCAGCACUUACUCCAUCAUUCUGCUGGGACGUGCCGGAGCUCCCGAUGAACCUAAAAGAGCCGCCCCUGUCUCCAUGCAGAACAAGUACCUGAAAGCGACUUUCGACCCAACUACUGGCCUUCUGAGUGGACUGACCAACCUGGAAACACAGCAGAGCAUCCAGCUCUCACAGAACUUCUACUGGUACAACGCCAGCAACGGAAACGAUGAGAGCCGACAGACGUCAGGAGCUUACAUCUUCAGACCAAACUCCUCAACACCCUACACAAUCAGCUCAAAACCUGUUGUGUCAACCCUGCAGAACUCUGUGGUGCAGGAGGUGAGGCAGCAGUUCAGCCCGUGGGUGUCUCAGGUGGUUCGUCUGUACGAGGGCAGCAGAGAGCUGGAGCUGGAGUGGACCAUCGGACCCGUACCUGUGGAUGAUGGUUUGGGGAAGGAGGUGAUCACUCGGUUGGACAGCAGUAUCAGCUCAGCUGAAUAUUUCUACACCGAUUCCAACGGCAGAGAAGUUCUACAGAGACGGAAAGACUAUCGACCCACAUGGGAUCUGAAACAGACCGAGCCAGUUGCUGGGAAUUAUUACCCAAUGAACUCUCGUGCUUUUAUUAAGGAUAAAGGGUCUCAGUUGACUGUGGUGACUGACCGCUCUCAGGGGGUCAGCAGCCUCAACAACGGCUCUCUGGAGAUCAUGCUUCACAGACGGCUGUUGUAUGAUGAUUACCGGGGGGUGGGUGAACCCCUGUCUGAGCCUGGUGAAUUUGGUGAUGGUCUGGUUGUACGCGGGCGUCUCUUGCUGACCCUCACACCCCCUGAAACAGCGGCGGAUGCCCACCGCCCGCUUGCCCAGGGGAUGGUCCUGCAGCCUCUGCUGUCUUUCCAGGAUGGGACUCCUUCUGCCAUAGUGGAGUUUUCAGCACUACAGGCAUCGCUGCCCCCUGCUGUUCACCUGCUGACACUGUCCCAGUGGGACAAAGACUCGGUUCUGCUGAGACUAGAGCACCAGUACGAGAGCUCAGAGAGUAAAACCUACUCCAAACCAGUUACUGUUAAUUUACAGAAGAUGUUUUCCACCCUGAAGGUGGUGGGAGCGUCGGAGAUGAGUCUGGGUGCCAAUCAGUGGAAGGCGAACAUGACCCGUCUCCAAUGGAACACCGGUGAGAUAUUGAAACCCCUGCAGGCAGAGCAGGGAGACCCCACUCCCUGGGAGAUCACUCUGAACCCGAUGGAAAUCCGCACUUUCCUGCUGAAUGUACAGCUGAGAUAGCCAGUGUUUACACAAUGCAGCUGAGGGAGAGUGAAGAUCACAUGGUGCCAUAUUGUAAAACAGCAUCACUGUCUUUGAACACUGAUCACACUUUAAAUGGCUUUACAGUUUUUAAACUUUCUGAUUUAUUAGCUGAAUUUUGUUUAUCACCCUCUGUUAAACUAAAUAGUUCCUCAAAUGAUGUUUUUAUUCUUGCCUUAAUUUCUCCAAAAGUGUCUUUAAAUCCUUUGAAAUAUAACUUCAUCAAGGAGCCAACAUAUGAAACAGUUCACCAAACAGACCAGCAGACAUGAGUACUGGUUUCAGGAUAUUCUGAUCUCGUUCAUAUAUAGAAAGAUCACAUAAUGAAAAACUAAAGAUUAUACACUGUACACUGACAAGCUGUGUGUCAGUGUACAGGAGCUAGUAUCAUGUUCCAUAGAAAAUAAAGAACACAGCACUGACUUGUGGGAUAUGCAUGUAGAAUCUUCUGAUUUGAAUGUGGAUGUGGUUUUUAGACAGAGACCCCCAGUCAUUAUCAUUAACACCCACUGCGGCGUCCACUGUAGGUGAUAAUGCCUUCUAUAUUCGAUUUUUUUUUUUUUUUUUUGACGCUUAGACUAUGAUUAUUCACAUAGUCUUGCCAUGAGCACAUUGGCCAGUGUUUACUCUCACAAGAAAACACCUCACAACAAGUGUGAGCAUCCCCAAGCCAAGCCUUCCCCUAAGAUAACACAAUUUGAUCACAAUAAAAAUAAAUACUGCUGUCUUAUGACUUUUGUCAUGUCUGUGUACAGUCCCAGUCAAAAGUUUGGACACACACCUACUCAUUUGUUGUUGUUUUUUUUUUUCUUUAUUUUUUAAUACUACAUUGUAGAUUUAUAUUGAAGACAUAAAAAUAAGAAAGGAACAUGUAUGCAAUUAUGUAGUAAGCAAAAACCAAAGUGUUGAACAAGCCACAAUAUGUUUAAUACUCAAGAUUCUGCACUCUUUGCAUUAUUUUCUGUUGGUUUUAUAAGGUAGAACCUGGAAUAUUUCUUAAACUUUUUAAAGGUGUUCCUAUAAAGGUGCUGAGCUCUUGUUAACUGAUUUUUCUUCACUUUUCACCUUCACUGAGAUCCAACUCAGCUGUGUUGGGUUUUUAUGUCGGGUGUUUGUGAAGGCCAGACACUUUUUUUUUUUUAAGGUUUACUACCUAACUGCAUGUGUGUUCCUUCAUAGUUUUUAAUAUGGCUUUUAAUAAUAAUCUACAGUGCAGUAAAUAAUAUAGAUAAAUAACAAAUAUUACUGAGAAUGUGUUAACUUUUGACUGGUACACUGUAAUUAAUCUUUUUACCUAGCCCCACUCACUCAUAUUGCAGUUAUAAGGAGUUUUUUUUUUUAAUAAGAUACAGCCAAUCGAAAUGCAGCUGAUUUACAUGUCAGUGUUAAAGGUCCAGUAUGUUUAAUUUUAAAGAAUAAACCGGGAUUGUUUUCAAGACUGUAAUUAGAUUUAGCCCUAGACUAUAUUUUUGCUUUUAAAGUAAAAUCUCGAUUUAAAAUGCUGUUCAGUCUAAGACUAGGGUUAGUCUGUGAAAACUGCUCCUAUGAGUGAAGCUGGGUGUAUAAUUUGUGCACUUUAGGAAUCUGGUAGUUCCAGAAUUCAGAAACACUUUUGGGAGGGAUGCAUUCAGUACUAAAUGUAUGGAGAACAUGUGUUUACCACAGAAUGAGACAGCUCCAGCUCCUAAUAUGCCCUGGUGCAUGCAUUUUUACUUCAGAAUUAUUAUAGAAUAUCAGAAAACACUCCCAAGUAAUGAUUGACAUCACUGUCCAACAAAAGCCUUGUAUCUUCAUAACAGCAACUUUACUGAAGCAGGAUUUUUUCAGAAAAAGAUUUUGGAGCAUUUCGAUUGGUCCAUUGCUCAUAAAACUGUGAAAUAAACUAAACAGCUUCCAGAUGCAAAACAUGAAAACCAAAACAAAAAAAUAGUCACAAGAUUUUUGUGAGAUUCUGAUAAUCUAAAGUAUUAAAUUAAAGGUGAUUCUGGUUAAUUCACUUACAUAAGUAUAUUGCUGUGGCCAAUUAGUGUUGCACCUCCCUCUUCAGAUGCAAUCUGCACUCCUCUUAACAUAGAAUGGUGCACAAUUUUGACUGAGAGGAUUUUUGGGAUUUAAUUUUUUUUUUAAAGAGUAAACUUGCUCGGAUUCAUCCUGUAGACUAAAGGGGCUUUCACUAUGAUCUGAGGAUCGCUGGUUCGAAACUCGGAUCAUGCUGCUUGGCAUCAGUGGCCAGAGUCUGAGAAAUCACCGUUGGCCUUGUCCUCUGUGGGGUAAUUUAAGAGGAAUUGACUGUUAUUGGCCUUCCAAAUUGAGCAAGAAAAAUUGGCUAAACUUGGUGUCCUUUUUUUGUCCUACAGAUGAUUAUUUCUUUUAUAGAUUUAUUGUCCUUGCCCCCCAAGUCCACUAUUCAGCCAAACUUAUUUUAACUUCACAGUGAUGGUGUGUAUUUUUUACAAAUGAUUUUUUUAUUGAUUUAAAUUGUGAGUUUAUGAAUGAGCAGCUCAGAAUAAACACUUCUUUAUUCUCUCA